CAAACGCAAUUUCCGCUGUCUACGUGCAGCAGCCAUAUUACACUUCCGUACUUCAAGGGUAUCUGAAGUCAUCAAGCUAAAGUUAAACAAUAUGUACAGGUUUGCUAGAGCUGUAGCGAACGUUACCGGUAAGGCUGUGCAGCAGGUGAGGCAUGGAUCCACCGUCCCCCAGGACUUCCACUCCAAGUACGGUAACACUGUGCUGAUCGGUGGGGCUGUCUUCUGCACAGCUGUGUGGGCAUAUGUAGUGACUUCAACUGGCAUCGUCUGGAAUAUGUCACCAGUAGGGAGGGUCAUGCCCAAAGAGUGGAGAGAGCCUGAAGAGUGAAGAGCUGUCAUGAAAGACCUGCAUCCCUACUAAUAAACUCUCUGGUUUUACAGAUAAACCAUAUCUGCAAGUUCUGACCAUGAAUGCCUGCGUUUAUUCCUACAUGUUACUUUGUUCAAAUAAAAUGUGAUUCUACUAACCUUUA